GGCCGGGAGCUCGCGUCUGCGCCGACCUGGCUGGCAGCGCGCGGGAAUCCGCGGAGGCGCGGACGAGACCCGGCAGGUCCCGGGAGGAAGGGGCUCGGAGGGGGAGGCUCUUACCGGCCCCCUCAAGCAAGCGGCGGAGGAGCGCGGAGACUCGGCAGGCCGGGCCAGACCAUCAGGGGGGCCCCCGCGGAGCCGCGGCCCGCGUGACCAGAGCCGCCCACGCCGACCCCAGCUGACUGAGGCCCCCGCUGACUGGGGUCAUAUCUCCACGCUGACUGGCGCCGACCAGGGCCGCCGCCCCGCUGCCCCUGCCGCUCAGGUAGUUGCCCCCGCUCAGCCUGGCUCCCCCAAGAACAGGAGGCACCUGGGCGGAGGCCGGAGAUGGCAUCUGUGGACUUCAAGACCUACGUGGACCAGGCCUGCCGCGCAGCCGAGGAGUUUGUGAACGUGUACUACAGCACCAUGGACAAGCGGCGGAGGUUGCUGUCCCGCCUGUACACAGGCACUGCCACCCUGGUGUGGAACGGCAAUGCCGUUUCGGGACAAGAAUCCUUGAGUGAGUUUUUUGAGAUGUUGCCUUCCAGCGAGUUCCAGAUCAACGUGGUAGACUGCCAGCCCGUCCACGACGACGCCACACCGAGCCAGACCACUGUCCUCGUGGUCAUCUGUGGGACGGUGAAGUUUGAGGGCAACAAGCAGCGGGACUUCAACCAGAACUUCAUCCUGACGGCCCAGGCCUCACCCAGCAACGCGGUAUGGAAGAUCGCCAGUGAUUGCUUCCGCUUCCAGGACUGGGCCUGCUAGGGCGCUGGGAGCCCACCUGAGGCCAAGGGCCCUCCUGGGCACACGCUUGUUUGUCAUAGCUGCCUUUUCAAAGUAGUGAAAUUCUCUAUUUUUCUACUUGCCCAGUGGAGACCCUGGUUCUGGAAACUGAUGAUUAAAAAAAUAAUACGAAUGUU